AUGGCAGAAGGAGUCCUCUUCAACAUUGCACAAGGGAUCAUUGAAAGGUUAGUCUCCCGUGCCUUUGAAGAGAUUGGAUUGGUUUCGGGUGUCAACGAUGAGCUCCAAAAGCUUAAGCUUGUAGUUUCCCAACUCCAAGCUGUUCUUCUUGAUGCUGAGCAAAAGCAAGCCAACAGUGAAGCAGUCAAAGAGUGGCUCCAUAGUGUAGAAGAUGCAGUUUAUGAAGCUGAUGACGUGCUUGAUGAGUUUUAUACUGAAGCUCAGUGGAGACAAAUGGUGCCUGGAAAUAAUAAAAUGUCAAAGCAGGUACGCAUCUUCUUCUCUAGCUCAAACCAGCUUGCUUUUCAGCUGAAGAUGGGUCAUAAGAUUAAAAAUAUCAACCAGAGGCUGCAUGUGAUUGCCUCCAAUAGAAUGUUUGUUCAAUUAGAAUUGAACCACGAAGAUGCACGAUUUGUUAUAAAAGAGAGGGUCACCCACUCAUUUGUCCGCGAGGAUAAUAUAAUAGGGAGAGAUGAAGAUAAAAGAGCAAUUCUUCAACUUUUGUUGGAUUUGGAUCCCAUCUCUACAGAAAAUGUCUCAACUAUUUCCAUAGUUGGAUUUGGAGGAUUGGGAAAAACUGCACUUGCCCAACUAGUUUUAAACGAUGAGAUGGUUGAGAAACAUUUUGAGCUGAAAAUGUGGAUAUGUGUGUCAAAUGUAUUUGAGUUGGAUAUACUUGUUAAGAAAAUCAUUCAAUCUGCAACUAAUGACAUAGCCAAAAGCCUUGACAUGGAUCAGUUGCAAAAUGAGCUUAGGAAGAAGAUCGAUGGGAAGAGAUACCUCCUUGUGUUAGACGAUGUGUGGAAUGAUAAUCGUGAAAAAUGGCUUGCCUUGAAAGACUUGUUGAUGGGUGGUGCAAGAGGUAGUAAAAUACUAAUAACUACUCGUAUUGAUACAGUUGCAAAGAUAACAAACACAGCUAAACCAUAUAAGUUAAAGGGAUUGAAUGAAGAACAGUCUUGGUCUUUAUUUACGAAAAUGGCAUUUCAAAAUGGAAAAGGGCCAACGAGUUCAACCUUUAAGGUGAUUGGGGAGGAGAUUGCUACAAAAUGUAAGGGGGUUCCUCUUGCUAUAAGGACCAUAGGACGGAUGUUGUACACUAGAGAUCCAGAAACUGAGUGGUUGGCUUUCAAGAAUAACAAGCUUUCAACAAUAAGGCAAGAAGAAAAUGAUAUUUUACCAACUCUAAAGCUGAGUUAUGAUGUUCUCCCAUCACAUUUGAAACAUUGUUUUGCUUAUUGUAGUUUGUUCCCGCCUGAUUAUGAGAUUCCCGUAGAGAAAUUAAUUAAGCUGUGGGUGGCACAAGGGUUCGUUAAGUCUACAAAUCCUAAUGAGUGCUUGGAAGAUGUUGGUUAUGAAUAUUAUAACGAACUAGUUUGGAGAUCUUUUUUCCAAGAAGAAGAAAAAGAUAGGUUUGGUAUAAUAAAAAGCUGUAAAAUGCAUGAUCUCAUGAAUGAACUUGCUGUUAAAGUGGCAGGGGAGGGAAGCAGAAUAAUAGAUGGCAAGAAGACUGAUUUUAAUGCAAAACGUCUUCUUCAUGUAUCUUUCGAUUUUGAUGUUGAUUUUUCGAAAUGGAAAAUACCAGCAUCCUUGCUGGAAUCAAAUAAGCUAAGGACUUUUCUUUUCCUAAGCCAAAGCUGGUGGCACGGGAAGUCAUUCCACAAGUCAUUUUGUGCUACAAUUGCUUCAAAUUUUAAGUCAUUGCAUAUGUUGAGUUUGAAUGGAUUGGAAAUUAAAAAAUUGCCAAAAUGUCUUAGGAAAAUGAUACAUUUAAGAUAUUUUGAUCUUAGUCGUAAUCCCAUUGAGAGACUUCCAAAUUGGAUAGUCAAACUUCAAAAUUUGGAAACUCUAGAUCUCUCAAGAUGUGACUCUCUUGUGGAACUGCCUAGAGAUAUUAAGAAAUUGAUCAACUUGAGGCAUCUCAUUUUGGAAGGUUGUAAUAACUUGGCUCGGAUUCCUCGUGGACUAGGUGAAUUGACUUGUCUUCGUACUUUGAGUAUAUUUGUUUUGAGCGAAAACAAUUCCAUGUUGAGGGACAGUGCAGGGCUCAGUGAGUUGGGGAAGCUAAAGGAUUUAAGAGGAGAGUUGAAGAUCAGAAAUUUGAGGUACAAGAAAGAUAUGGUGUCAGAAUUGAAUUAUGAUGGUGUAGUUUUGAAGGAGAAACAACAUCUCUAUUCGUUGACUUUACAUUGGAUGCACAUCGAAAGAGAAAAUAGUGAUGCGGUUGAGAAGGAGAGUGAUGUAAUUAUUAAGUCAAUGGAAGCGCUGCAGCCCCAUUCAAGUCUGAAAGAGUUAACCCUGGAGUACUAUAUGGGUGCGAGGUUUGCGAGUUGGUUUCAUUCUCUCACAAAUAUUGUUAAUCUCAAAUUGUCUCAAUGUGACAGAUGCCAACAUCUUCCACUGUUGGAUCAUUUACCUUUUCUCAAGAGUCUUGAGCUUUUCGGGUUAAGGAAUUUGGAGCACAUAUCAGAAGACAUGGUUAAAGACUUUGCCAGUAAUGAGAUGAUAUCAGUUGCUUCUCCAUCGACGACCUUCUUUCCCUCCUUAGAGAGUCUUAAUCUAAUUUGUUGCUUUAAUCUCAAGGGUUGGUGGAGGAAUGAAACAGCAUCAGCUUCAGCUUCUUCAUUUCCUUGUCUUUCUACUUUAACUAUACGUGAUUGUCCUAACCUAACUUCCAUGCCGUUGUACCCAAAUCUUGACAGACUAUCGUUACAGGGAAGCAGCUGGAAGGUCCUUCCCUCCUCCUUUGUUCUCUCCAAAUUAAAAUAUAUGUAUAUUACGAGCGUUGAGAUUGAAGAUUUCCCUAAUUUGGUAUCACUACCUGAUCAAGGGAUGGGUCGUCUCAUCUCCUUACAGAGACUGCAUAUUUCAAAUUGUCCUAAAUUGGCAUCACUACCAGAAGGGAUCGGCAACCUCACAUUACUUCAGGAGUUUGAAAUUGAAGAUUUCCCUAAUUUGGUAUCACUACCAGAUCAAGGGAUGGGUCGUCUCAUCUCCUUACAGAGACUGCAUAUUUCAAAUUGUCCUAAAUUGGCAUCACUACCAGAAGGGAUCAGCAACCUCAAGUCACUUUCCAAUCUUCGAAUUCGAUGCCUUCCCAAUCUGGCAUCACUCCCAGUAGGGCUUCGAUGCCUAAUCUCCUUACAAGAACUGGAAAUUUGGGAUUGCCUGAAAUUGGCGUCACUACCAGAAGGGAUGGGCAACCUCAAAUCACUUCAGUUGCUUUCGAUAUCAGAUUGCCCUAAUUUGGCAUCACUCCCAGAAGGGCCUUGUUGCCUCGCCUCAUUAAAAAGGUUGAUAAUUAAGGAUUGCCCCAUCUUAAAGCAAAGAUGCCAGAAAGAAACAGGUGAGGACUGGUCCAAGAUUGCUCACAUCCCCGACAUUCGCAUUGAUCCACAGCCUGUUGAUCUUGAAGACUAUUUUUAUUAAGGGUUGGGUCAGUGCAGAUUGGGUCCCCAUUAAAAACUCUUAUGGCUUGAUUGUGAUUGUGCAAUAGCAGGUCACCAGGAAAGUGUGAUUAAAAGAAGAAACUAAUUAGGCAUCCUGGCUUUGAUCAUACAAGUGACUCAGUUGUACAUGUGAUGAAUUUAGGGAAUUAAAAAUCUACCUUCUAAGAGUAUUGGAAAAUUGCAAGAGUGCCGGAAGAGUGUGGUUCGAAGUGUGCUCAAGUCUUGUGGGGCACUUCAGCAAUUGAGAGAGCUUCAGUAUCCCAAGUGUGCUAUCUUGUGCUGCAUUGUCGAGCAACGUUCCUCCGUUCUGAUUUCGUGUUUUUUUAUUUAUUUUUUGUUUUAUUUUGUUUCCCAUUCUGAACCAGAUUGUAACCCCACGUCUUAUAAACUAUAAAUAAGACUUGAGGAGGCCAAGAAACAGACUUGAGUGCUCUUAUACUUGUAAUCUUAUUCAAUUAGUGAAAACCCCUAGCAACCUCGUGGACGUAGCUCAAUUAUGAGUGAACCACGUAAAACUGUGGUGUUUGAUUUGUGUGUGAAUGUUUGUUUGUUUGU